AUGGAAUGGUAUUUGAGCCUUGACUGGGCUCAUCAAAGUGUUUCUUCGUCGUCUUCCGGAGCCUAUCUACUAUCCUACAUCGUGGACAGAACUAGCCAACACACUUCCCGAAGAAACAGAGGGAAGGAACAAAUACUCCCUUUUCGCAACUCUAAGGAGUAUUUGCUCGAAGCUAAUCAAGGAUUAUUGAGUGCCAUAACUUUCUCUAAUGGAAACGUUCUCUCUAAAAUUGAAGAAAUCGAAUGCAAGUCCGGCGGGUUCAAUACCACACUGAUGAUGUUUGAAACACGUGAUGACUAUUUCCAGGACUGUGUGCGCGUGUUUGCACUGACUGUCGACGACAGUGACUUUGAAAAAGGAACUUUCUUUACCAAUGUCUCAAUGGUCAAGACCACUCUUCGUAUGCUUCUGAUCAAUCAGCCAUUACGAGAUAUCCCGAAUCUCCGUGAUGAUGAUUCUUUGUGUGGUUUGGACUAUGCGUAG